UAAGCCUCACGGCUUAAUGGCACAUCCCUCACAACUAGGAUUCCAAGACGCGGCCUCGCCUGUAAUAGAAGAACUUCUACAUUUCCACGACCAUGCUCUAAUAAUUGUAUUCCUAAUUAGCACCUUGGUCUUAUAUAUUAUUGUUGUAAUGGUUUCUACAAAACUUACUAAUAAAUACAUCUUAGACUCCCAAGAAAUCGAAAUCGUUUGAACAAUUCUCCCAGCAGUAAUUCUAGUGUUAAUUGCACUUCCUUCUCUCCGAAUCCUGUACCUAAUAGAUGAAGUCAACGACCCCCAUCUAACAGUAAAAGCCAUAGGCCAUCAAUGAUACUGGAGCUACGAAUAUACAGACUAUGAAGAUCUAGCCUUCGACUCAUAUAUGGUACCAACCCAAGACCUGGCUCCAGGACAAUUUCGCCUGCUCGAAACAGACCAUCGCAUGGUAAUCCCAAUAGAAUCACCAGUCCGAGUGCUAGUAUCAGCCGAAGAUGUAAUUCACUCUUGAGCCGUCCCUGCCCUAGGCGUUAAGAUAGAUGCUAUCCCAGGACGCCUAAACCAAACAGCCUUUAUUGCCUCUCGUCCCGGAGUAUUCUACGGACAAUGCUCUGAGAUCUGUGGAGCCAAUCACAGCUUUAUGCCAAUCGUAGUAGAAGCCGUCCCGCUAGAACACUUUGAAAACUGAUCCUCCCUUAUGCUUGAAGACGCCUCACUGGGAAGCUAAACUGGGAUUAGCGUUAGCCUUUUAAGCUAAAAAUUGGUGACUCCCAACCACCCCUAGUGAUAUGCCACAAUUAAAUCCAGCCCCUUGAUUCGCUAUUCUAGUAUUCUCAUGACUUGUCUUCCUGACAGUAAUUCCAAACAAAGUAUUAAACCACACCUUCCCAAAUGAACUAACAACCAUUGAUGCCCAAGACCUCAAAACGACAACCUGAAACUGACCAUGGCACUAAACCUGUUUGAUCAAUUUAUGAGCCCCUCAUACCUAGGUAUCCCCCUAAUUGCAAUCGCACUCACACUUCCAUGAAUUCUUGUUCCUUCGCCCUCAAAACGAUGACAAGACAACCGCCUAGUUACACUACAAAAUUGAUUUAUUAAAACUUUUACACAACAACUACUCACGCCCCUAAAUCCCGGAGGACACAAAUGAGCCCUUAUUUUAACAUCCCUAAUAAUUUUCCUCUUAACCCUUAACAUCCUUGGGCUCCUUCCUUAUACCUUCACCCCAACAACUCAACUUUCCCUAAACAUAGGCCUAGCCGUACCAUUCUGACUUGCCACAGUAAUUAUUGGACUACGAAACCAGCCCACUGCAGCCCUAGGACACCUUCUACCAGAAGGAACCCCCAUCCUACUUAUCCCUAUCCUAAUUAUUAUCGAAACUAUCAGCUUAUUUAUUCGACCUUUGGCCUUAGGAGUACGACUAACAGCUAAUCUAACAGCUGGUCAUCUAUUGAUUCAACUUAUCUCCACAGCAACCUUUGUACUAUUACCAAUAACAGCAACAGCAGCCAUCUUUACCGCCACUCUUCUAGCCCUUCUUACCCUACUAGAGGUAGCAGUAGCUAUAAUUCAAGCUUAUGUAUUUGUUCUACUACUAAGCCUUUACUUACAAGAAAACGUCUAAUGGCCCACCAAGCACACGCAUAUCACAUGGUUGACCCAAGUCCAUGGCCUCUAACAGGCGCAGUAGCUGCUCUCCUAAUGACAUCAGGCCUUGCUAUCUGAUUUCACUUCCACUCAACCACAUUAAUAACACUAGGUUUAAUUCUGCUACUACUCACAAUGUAUCAAUGAUGACGGGAUAUUAUCCGAGAAGGAACCUUCCAAGGACAUCAUACACCUCCGGUCCAAAAAGGCCUACGAUACGGAAUAAUCUUAUUUAUCACAUCUGAAGUCUUCUUCUUUCUUGGAUUCUUCUGAGCUUUCUACCACGCCAGCCUUGCCCCAACCCCAGAACUCGGAGGAUGCUGACCUCCAACAGGUAUUGUUACCUUAGACCCUUUCGAAGUCCCUCUACUUAAUACUGCGGUCCUACUAGCAUCAGGCGUAACAGUAACCUGGGCCCACCACAGCCUUAUAGAAGGAGGACGAAAACAAGCCAUCCAAUCUCUUACCCUAACCAUUCUCCUGGGAUUCUACUUCACUGCCCUCCAAGCCAUAGAAUACUAUGAAGCCCCUUUUACAAUUGCAGACGGCGUUUAUGGCUCAACAUUCUUUGUAGCAACAGGUUUCCACGGACUACACGUUAUUAUUGGCUCUACCUUCCUUGCAGUAUGCCUACUCCGACAAAUCCUAUUCCAUUUUACAUCAGAACAUCACUUUGGAUUUGAAGCAGCUGCCUGAUACUGACACUUCGUAGACGUCGUGUGACUAUUCCUAUACGUCUCCAUCUACUGAUGAGGAUCUUA